CGCGCGACCGCCGCGCCGACGGGAGCGCGGUGUGAGCCGCGGAGCCGUGCCGCGGGUUGUGCGAGCGAGCCGACCGACCCGGGCCGCCACACUGGCCAUCGUCUGCAGUUCGGCAGUGGCCGCCGCCAUGGCUCCCAAGGACGGCGCCGACACGGAGCUGCGGCCGUGCACGGACAGCGAGCCGGAUAGCGUCGAGCUACUGGACCUGGACUCGGACUCAGGCAGCCAGGGCUGGCAGGCGCCGCUCAGCUACUGUGACGCCUGCGAGGGCUGCCUCGGUCCCGACGAGCCCAGUGUGGAGGCGGGAGGCCGCCGGUGGCACCCCUCCUGCCUCACGUGCUGGGUGUGCGGCCUGCCGCCCGACCAGCGCUGCUUCAUCACACGACUCGGACACGUCCUCUGCAUCGACGACUUCAACAGAUUAUACAACACGUGCCGUCGGUGCGGCCGCCAGUUCUCCAGUCCCUGGGAGCUGGCCGUGGUGGCCCCGACCGUCCCUCCUCGCCGCUACCACCCGGGCUGCUUCAGCUGCGGCCUGUGCCGGCGCACCAUGGUUCGCCACGAGCUGUUCGCCGCCGGUCCGGACGACGUCUACUGUCCGGCCCACGCUGCGGCUGGCGGCGGCGCGGUGCCGCCCGGCGCCCUGCCGCUGCCGCCCGGCGCGCUGCCCGGCCAGCCCAGCUAUGUGCCGCCGGGGAGGCCGGGCCGCGGCCGCCGCAGAGGCGCCAGGAAGACAGGAGCGCGACUACCGGCAGAGCUGUCCGAGUCGCGGAGGAAGCGACAUCGGAUCCAGUUCUCUGCGCAGCAGCUGCGCGAGCUACAGACUUCGUUCGGAGGAAACCCGAACCCCGACUCCAAGGCCAUCUUCGACCUGGCCGGCCGGCUGGGCCUCGGCAAACAGCAUGUUCAGGUGUGGUUCCAGAACCGUCGAGCCAAGGAGCGGCGGCUCAAGUCCGAGUCUCCCCAGUCCGAGUCGUGACAGCGCGGCGGCGGCUGUCCUGUCGGCUCUCUGCGAGCACUGCUGUGUACCUGAACCCGCCACCCUGGCUGUGAGUCGGGCGCCGCCCCGGGGAGGGACUGCCGACCAGCGAGGGCCGAAGAGAGAGAGAGUCCCCGGUGGCUGUCCCCGGCACGUGAGCCGCCUUCAUCCGACCGGCCGCCGCUGCGCCGCUGUGCUGUUGUCUGUUAUGUGAACUGAUGUGAUGUGGAACGAUAGAGGUGUCGUGUCUGCCGGCAAUGCGGCCAAUUGUAAAUCCAGGGAGGCGUGGUUUUGUUGAGAUGGUGCACAGGCAUCCAUUGAAUGGUAGAUAAAUUUAGAAUCGGUUCAAGUGGGACUGAGCGAACCGCAGCAAGAUGAUAAAGACAUAAGUGGGCCGACUUGUAAUUUUGGCCAAGUUAAACGAUAUAGUCGAUGCCUCUGUGUUCUGAUAUGAGGUGAAUGUGAAUGGUACCCGUGUCAUUUAUGCAUAAUGACUUAUUUAUGAUAGCUAAAUGUGGUCGCAAUGCUUGCUUUGGGAAGAAAUUUCAGUGUCACUUCAGUUAGCGAAAACAUUUUUUAGGUAUAACGCUUGACAAUGCAACAAUUAUUUGCUCGGUUUUGUCACUUAUCUACCUACUCUCAUUCAUCAAAUUCCUCAUUUUUACUUCUUUGGUAAUGGCAAAAGUCCGGUCGGCAGCGGACUUAUGGUAUUUUGGACUUUUGGCAGCGUCUUUGGUAAUGUUGACACUGAACCAUGAAGAUACCGUACUAGGGUACAUUUAUGCAAUGUUUUCCAUAAGUUCGACUUCUCAUUAUUUUAGAGCCGUUCACUAGCCGGGGACCAAUAGCAUAAAGCUCGCCUGGGUCGCUUUUCGUGUAAUGCCUAGUGUUUUUGUUGGUGCAUUUUCUCAUCAUUGUGACACCGGUCAUGCUCUGUGUCUGAUUUAUGUACAAGGAUGACGCUACGAUCGUGCAUAAAUAAUUGUGCUGGUAAGGUGGAUGCCAAUAAAUAUGCAAACGAUAUUGA